AUGAUUCAGCUGUGGAGAGUGGUGAGGCAUGUGCGACAGUUGGAGCUCCACAGACUGAUUCUGCUGCUGAUGGCCUUCAGCCUGGUCUCCAUGUGCUUCCUGGCUUACUAUGUCACUAACAGUCCCAAAAUCAAGGAACCGCCUCCUCUUCCUUUCAGCGAUUGUAGCAGUCAACACCGGAUCCUCAUCCAGCCCCAGGCAAGCUGGAGGCUUACAAAAUCAGUUGACAACUCGCGUACAGACCCUGUGGUACUAGUUUUUGUGGAAAGCAUUUAUUCCCAGUUGGGUCAAGAGAUUGUGGCCAUCUUAGAAUCGAGCCGGUUUAAAUACAGGACAGAGAUUGCUCCUGGAAAGGGAGACAUGCCCACCCUAAUGGAUAAGGACCGUGGUCGCUACGCUCUUAUUAUCUACGAGAAUAUCCUUAAAUAUGUGAACCUGGAUACCUGGAACAGGGAUCUUUUGGACAAAUACUGCGUGGAGUACGGAGUAGGAAUCAUCGGUUUCUUCAAAGCAAAUGAGAACAGCUUGCUUAGUGCUCAGCUCAAAGGCUUCCCUCUCUUCCUACAUUCCAACUUGGGAUUGCGAGAUUAUCACAUCAAUCCCAGUGCCCCACUUCUCUAUAUUACCCAGGCUAACGAAGUGGAACAGGGCCCUCUGCCUGGGGACGAUUGGACGGUGUUCCAGUCAAAUCACACAACCUAUGAACCUGUACUGAUGGCCAGCACCAAAUCGUCUGAAUCAAUCCCUCACCUGACUAUGCACAGAGCUUUGCAUGCCACCGUGGUGCAGGAUCUCGGUCUCCACGAUGGUAUCCAGAGGGUUCUUUUUGGUAAUAAUCUCAAUUUCUGGCUGCACAAGCUCAUCUUUGUUGAUGCUAUUGCUUAUCUGACUGGCAAACGUCUCUGUCUGACCCUUGACCGCUACCUCCUUGUGGACAUUGAUGAUAUCUUUGUGGGCAAAGAGGGGACACGCAUGAAGGUGUCUGAUGUGGAGGCUCUUUUAAACACUCAGAACAAGUUGAGGGCCCUGGUUCCCAAUUUCACUUUCAAUCUGGGAUUCUCUGGGAAAUUCUACCACACCGGUACAGAUGAGGAAGAUGAAGGAGAUGACAUGCUCUUGAAGAACAGGAAGGAAUUCUGGUGGUUUCCUCAUAUGUGGAGUCACAUGCAGCCACAUCUCUUUCACAAUGUUACCGUGUUGGCAGAGCAAAUGAAACUCAACAAGCAGUUUGCUUUGGAACAUGGGAUCCCCACAGAUAUGGGCUAUGCAGUAGCCCCCCACCACUCAGGAGUUUAUCCGGUUCAUGCCCAACUCUACGAAGCAUGGAAAAAUGUUUGGGACAUUCAGGUGACCAGCACAGAGGAAUAUCCUCAUCUUCGACCUGCCCGAUAUCGACGCGGGUUCAUCCAUAACGGAAUCAUGGUGUUGCCUCGCCAGACCUGUGGUCUUUUUACUCACACUAUAUUCUAUAAUGAGUAUCCUGGUGGCUCCAAGGAAUUAGACAAGAGCAUUCGUGGUGGAGAACUUUUCCUGACAGUGCUCCUGAACCCAGUAAGU